ACUUAUCGUCCCUCAGCAGCCUUCCCGAGAGUCCCCGACAAUCUCCAUCACCAAGAGUUCCGCCCGCAGGAACCCCUCGGUCGCCACCAGCAAGAACACCAUCCCCCCUCAGCAGCCUUCCCGAGAGUCCCCGACUCUCUCCAUCGCCAAGACUUCCGCCAGCAGGAACGCCUCAGUCACCACUGGCAAAAACACCAUCCCCAGCGGCACCACCACCACAGCCGGCAACCGGGACUCCGCCAGCACUUGCAUCAGUUGUUACGGCCAGCGGGGCGGAGCCCUCGCCGUUGUUGUGCCGCCUGCUCCUCAAACCGCUGCUCGCCCCCUCGCACCCGCAUUCUUCUGCUACCAGUGCCUCCAGGCACCCGUGUACCACGCAAUAGGUGUGCUUCCUGCCUGCUCGGGCUAUUCUCCGGCAGGUGGGAAGUGCGCCCAUUGCGCGGGCUCCACCAAGUAUGUCAGAUGCAAGCCUUCCCCUCCAAUUGAAGUAUCUGUCUCGAAAUUGGACCCGGAUACAUAUCAGAUGGGCUCAAAGUUUCUAUGUAAAAAGGCCACAAGCGGGAUUCCCAAGGCUGCAGUUGCUACCUGGAGAGAGGGUGAUGGGCAGUACUAUCUUGUCGAGGCUACCAAUGUGAACUCACUAGAGAAGGCUGCUGAUGGCCUCAUUUACCAGGCUGGCAUGUCAUCCGCCGUCUGGGAGAUUGGGACACAUGCGAUUUGUAAGGUCAAGACAUGGUCCGAUGGGAUGGAAAGAGAAAGCAAUACUCUUGCUUUUGUUGCGUCCCGGUUCCCACAUAUCCCAAUUCCCGAGGUAAUCUAUUCGUGGGUCGAUGAGCAACUCAGCAGGACCUUCCUGAUUUUGCGACGGGUCCAAGGGCAAACGCUGGCGAGUGCCUGGCCAUCUCUAACUUUAGAGAAAAAAGCUGAUGUCGCUAUCACUGUUGCACAAUACUGCCGCGACCUUACUGAAGCAACCUCGGAGCAGCUACAGUCUGCAACAGGCUGCGGAGUCCUCGAACCUUUCUUAACCGUGGAUCCAGAAGCGUCACACCCGUCUUGGAAACCCCGACCGUUGGGGCCAUUCUCUCGCACCGCAGCUGAGAAGUAUUUCCAGAGAAUAUCCACUCUGCCGCCGCCCCCUAUAGGAGAUAGGUUUCACUUCUAUCAUGUCGACCUUGGUCCAACCAACAUUCUCCUCUCAGACGGCGGUGCUAUCGAGGCUAUCUUAGAUUGGGAGUCAGCUGGGUACUACCCGAAGUUCUGGAUUCCUCUUAAGCCGUAUCGCAGUGGAGGAUUCAAUCUUGACGCCCCAGACGAUUCCCGUUACGAUUGGACCGGUCUUCUCGAAUCAAAACUCUCUGACUUAGGAUUUAGGCUUGACCGCAAUCAUGUUGAGUGGCAGAAGUCUUUGGUUUUUACUUUCUUUGAUUUGAACGAGCUUCGUGAUGCUCCUUUGUGA